AUGUGCUUGGGGGUCCUUGUCCUUUGCCUGGUGUGCCUGCCUGCGUUCUGUCAAGCCGGUUUAGCCUACGUGGAUGCCAAUGGGCCCGCACUCCCCGGCAGCUUGCACCAAAGCACCUUUGACGAAAGCACCUCUUUUGGAACUGUUGUGGCCUCAUCUGCCAACAUUGCUGCGCUCAAUACUGACGUCCUGACUCGCAUCGAAGCACUGCUUACGCCCCGCCCCGAUGGACUCUCGGAGGGUCUGGCAGCUGUGGUCCCAUCGGGACUUAACGUGACUUACGGUGAAGUCUCGGGCGUGUUGACCCUCAGCGCUUUUCCGUCUCACUCUGCAAGCGCGGCUCUCUUUGAGCAGGCCCUUCGUGAUCUUCAGUACUACAACUUCAAAGACGAACCUGAUGGUGUGGACCGCUACGUCCAGUUCACCGUUUUCUCGGGUACAACCGCAGCAUCCGCGACCGGUGGGCCAAAGACGUUUGCAGCCCUCUCCAUUGUGCGUGUGGAUGACGCGCCUCGCCUCGAUCUCAACGCAAAUGACAAUCUUGAAUUGGGCGCCAUCCAUGCUGCGGAUCCUCGGUACAACGCCAUCUCCUUCACCGAGCAUGGACCGGCCGUCCCCUUGGCUCCAGCCGGCUUGGUGACCGAUGACAACAGCGCUGUGCGGGCCUUGAAUUUUACAUUCGAAGCCAACAGUCGCGCAUCUGGCGAUCAAAUUUUGGUUGCCGAUGACCUCAUCAUGACAAUUCCAAACCGCACCGUGAUGGGCAAUUCUACGAUCAUCUGGUUUGACCCAGUGGUGUCUUCGGCCGCGGCCACGCUGGUGCUUCGCAGUAUCCGCUUUAACAACACGGCAGGGGAGCCAGGUGCCAGGCCACGCCGACUUGUGGCCACGGCCACUGACGCCGCAGGAGGCGUGUCAGAAGUUGCGCGCGUGGGCAUUGGUUUAAUCACUGUCAACGAUCACGCCCCUGUCUUUUCGGCCGGUGCAGAUGGCUACUUUUUCAUGGUAUCAGAGAACGAUGCCCAACUCGUCAUAGGACAGGUUCAGGCAAGAGACGAAGAUCAAACGGCCGCGGGGCCCGAUGUUAUCACCUACCAGCUCGUUAAUGUCUCUGCCCAAGUCGAGGCCGCUGUUCGUUUAGAUGCGGUGACCGGCCAACUCAGCCUGAAGACACGACUGGAUCGUGAGGCCGUCGAUGCCCUUCGCUUCACGGUUUCGGCGCGUGACACCGCGUCGCCACCACACACAUCAUUGGUGCCUGUCACCAUCUAUGUUCUCGAUGAGAAUGACAACGCCCCUGAACUGCCCGUGGAUGACAUUGUGCUCUUCGUGGCUGAGAACACUGCAUUGGACACCACCGUGGGCCGCGUGCUGGCGACGGACCGUGAUUCGGGUCGCAACGCUCGCCUUGCCUACAGCCUACUCCCAGACCCGACUUCUUCCGUGGCAAGCAUGCCAUUGCCUCUUCGCAUCGACGCCAGCACCGGCAGUUUGAUUGUCAACGACACGAUUGACUACGAGCUGAGAGCUAAUUACACUGCGCAAAUUGUUGUCACAGACGGCGGAGUGCCAUGUACCGCAGGUGGUCUGCUCCAGUUUUCGCCCUGCCGUACAACCACCACCUUGAUAUUGGUUGUCCGCAACCAAGACGACGUUGUGCCCACGAUUAUGCUUGUGCCUGCACAGCAAGCGCUUCCAGAUCUACCUCGCAAUACAACUCGCAACUUGGUUUGGCUUGCAGGUCUUUUGGUCACGGAUGGCGAUGACCUAGGUUACGUGUCUCAGGCCGGCGUUCGCCUCACUGGCCCUGCCGUUGGAUUGACCAAUUCUUUGGAUGCCGAUCUCACUCCAUGGGCUCGUGACCGCUUUGGUCAGUGUCCCUCGGCCUCUCGCAACAACGCAUAUUGGACGGACGUGCAAGUGGCCGAGAGCACGCAAGAGGCUUGUGGGCUUUUGUCCCCGCCGACCGCACUCUUUGAGAGUGACACUGAAUUCCCUAUUUCUGUGGAGCCCACUGCAGUGGUGGCAACACCGCGCGUCGACGUGGUCGAGCAGUGGCUGGCUGGCGACACCGUCUUCUUGGCUUUUUUUCUUAGCCUGCGUGAACCCGCGGGCUUGGAAAUGCAAACUCUGCCUUUGGUAACCGUCAUGCCCGCCAGUGCCGGCCAGCCCAGCCUGCAGGCUUUUUUGCGGGCCGAUGCCGUUGUUGUCAGCACCCAGCGGGCUGACGAUGCACUGUUUCCUGAUGUCCGCCUCACGUUUGAUCUUCCCAUCAAUCUGGCUCAUGAGCCGUGGCGGCGCUAUCAUGUGGUGCUUGCCAUCUCUCGCACGUCUAUGUAUGUAUACCUCGAUGCUCUGAAUCUUGGCCCUGCGCGCGUCGUUUCUGCCAAUGACUCUGGUGAAGAAACCACUCUUGAGGGCCAUGCGCUGCCUGCCCCGUUUCGUCUUAAUUCUGGAGCCAGCAUCACCUUUGGCGGGGGUUUGAGCGCUGACACGGCCAACCGCGGGCCGUUUGCAAAUAUCAGUUACGUGCAGAUUUGGCGCAGCGCUGACCUCUCUCGGUUGGCCUGCUGGCUGGGCUGUGGUUUGGCCUUGCCCGCCGGCUUUCAAGAGCUGGGGCCUCGACUCCGGGCUGCGCGGACCUACCGUCAAUUGGUAUUUCUUCCGCCCGGUAACGCUGCAGAUCAGCUCUUGUUGACGAGUGAGCUCGGCAACGGCUUGACCGCUGCGGCCGUGGGCGUUCUCGCCUGGUCCCUGGAUGAGCCACCGACGGUGGCCACGGAGGCUCAGCUCCAGAUGCUGCCCUAUGUCACUGAUGCUACGGGCUCUGUACCUGGGGUGCCACUGCCCUUGUCUUACAGCCACGCCUUGGAUAACGUGCCCCAAAUUGUUGACAUCGGCAAUCCAGAUGCUCUCACGUUUUUGGAGGAUGGCGCUGCUGUCCCUGUCACACGCGACGUUGGCACCGCCUCACCGCAGUGGGACUCUGUUGUUUUGCGCCUUGUCUCACGGCCGGAUAAUAUUGAGGAGGAGCUGUCGCUCUCGGCCGACGCUGCUGAUUUGGCUCUUCUCAAUGGCAUCACGCUGUAUUGGCUAGGCAACGCAGCCCUGCGUCUCAACAACACGGCUCGUGACACGGCAAUAUUGGUGGCAGAGGGUCAGGGAGCCGUGCAACUGGCACCCAGUCCUCGUGUGCGAGACACCGACAGCAGCGCCCUGCCCUGGCUCAAUCUUACGCUUCACGGUCCGCUGGAUGCCUUGCCCGAUGGAACGCCGGCCGAGGGUCUUCAGCUGCCCCACCCUUUGCCCAUUGGUCUCGUCUUGGGUACCACCAAUCACGUGGCUGGAGCAGCUGGUCAACACCACGUGCACUUGCGUGGACCAGCCUUGGCUUCUACUUGGAUGCUUCUGCUCUCCCAGGUCGCAUACCUCCACGCUUCAGAUGGCAACACCACAAGUGGAGUGCGCCGCAUCACUGUGGUUGUAGCGGACGAUGGCGAGGCUGUGUCUGAGAUGGCCACCGCGUACGUAGCCUUUACAGCCACCAACAACGCCCCGCUCAUAGCAUUGAGUAGCACGGGGGCCGUCAACUCCUCCAUCUCCUUUGUUGAAGGCGAUGUGGCCCGAGUCGUGUGUCCCGAUGCGGUCUUGCAGGACCUCGAUUCCACUGAUCUGCUGCACCUCGAACUUGUUCUGCUCGAUGCCUACGAUGACAGUGCCGAAGGCUUAUCUCUGGCUAGACUGAACGACGAGCUACAGACAGCCUUUUUGGACGGUGGCCAGCGCAUCACUGUGUCUGGGCGGGCGUCCGUGAGCUCAUAUCAGGCAAUCUUGCGCUCGCUCUCCUACUACAAUCUGGCUGUCGAGCCGUUUCCAGCGAUGCGUCGCAUCAAUGUUUUUGUUCAAGACGCCAACUCUUUAGCCCCUGCCAAUGCGAGUGCACUCGCAUUUGUCAGCGUCACGACCUCCAAUGACAACCCUCCUGAGCUCGUGGCUUCGCCGGCUUCCCCUCGCUUACCGGAGGGAUUGGCCGCCGGUUCCGAGGCCUUUUCCGUGAUUGUCGAAGACCUGGACCUGGCGGGACCUCCACCCAACAUCACUCACGUGCGCUUUGCCCCCUCCUAUCUCAGCGUGGCCUUCAACAUCACAACCACCUUCAGCCUAGCGAGGGCGCGUGCCCCUCAUCCCCAGCCUGCUCUCAAGACCAACUUUUGUGUGUCAGCCAACUUGAUUCGCUGCGUGAUCAAGGCAGCCCCCCGGGCAGAACUCACCUUUGUGGCGUCUCCACAGGCCAUCACGCUCAUCGAUCGUGAGUUGUUGGCGGACUUCGAGGUUACCGUGGGUGCGCACGAUGACGACUUUAGCGCCAGCCUGACGCUCACGGUUCAGGUAGAUGGCAUCAACGAAUUUUCACCUCUAUACGCGGAGGACAACAUUACCGUGUACGUGUCGGAGGACAUGCCCGCCGGAUCUGUGCUCGCCACGCUGCAGGCCACCGAUGGGGACCGCCCGGAUCAGCAGCUGCGUUACGCACUCGGUGCUUCAACUUGGAAUGAACUGCCGAGUCUCCUGGCAAUCGAUGCUUCCACGGGAGCUAUACACAUGCUGCAGGCCUUAGAUGCCGAAAUCUUACCCUCGGAGAUCCGCUUUGUGGUCUGGGUCAACGAAACUGCUGGACCCGAGCCAUGGCGUAGCACCCCAGCCCAUGUACGGCUAGUCCUUCGUGAUAUCAAUGAGUUUGCGCCGACCUUUGUGUCGGGACUGGAUGCCAGGGUUGUGAUCGUGGAGAACAAUGCCGUGGGUGCCCUUCUUCAUGAGUUUGUGGUGGAGGAUGCCGAUCGCCAAGUGCCCAACAACGAGGUACAUGUUGAGCUUUUGGACGCAGCCGGUCGACCCAAUCCAGCCUUCGCCCACGAGCUGCAGUACCUGCCCGGCGAAGGUCCGGGUAGCGGUGCCCGUUAUCGGUUGUUACUCUUUGCCAAUCAGAGUUUUGAUUACGAUGAUACCGCCGCCGUCAAUGGCCUGAGCCUCGUCAUUCGUCUGCGGGAUGGUGGCAAUCUCACGCAUGCAGCCGCCAUCAGGCUUGUCAUUGUCGACGCAAACGACAACGCACCUCAGGCGCGACUGGAAGAAGCGCUGACUGAGGUCCCGGAAGACCUGCCGAUUGGAAGUGCAGUGGCAAGGGUCACCGCAGCCGAUCUCGAUGGGCCAAACUUCAAUCGCUUCUCGUGGUCUGUAGCACCGGCGCCGUUGUUUCUCAUGAGCGCCCGGGAGAACGGAGCGAUUCUUUUGGGUCAGGGCUUGGACGCUGAGACCGCGCAAGCCCAUCAGGUGGUUGUGACUGCUGUUGAUAACCUGAACGCCAACUUAAGAACCAGCGUUUCGUUUGUCUUGACUGUCACCGACGUGAACGACAAUGCUCCAGAGGUGCGCCUCAAUAACUCCGCACCCAAGCUCAAGGCAGUGCCAGCUACGUGGGCACCACAGUCCCUGUCGUGGCUGAGGGUGGUGGAUGCUGAUGUCACGGCCACUACCAAUCAUGUAACGGGCGUUUGGCACCAAGUUUUCGAGAGUGAUUGGGUUGCCACGUGCAUACCGCCUUGCGUAAAUGCGGACGAUGACGAAGAUACAGCAGGCCCCGCGUACGAUUUGCUUUCGCUCAUGCGCUUUGAGCGUGGCCUAACGCCACCUAACAACGAUACAGUGCCCGUCAAUUUCGAUGGCAUUGGUCUCGGUGUUUUGGUAGGUUUAGCACCACCUACCGGCACCUUACCUUAUCUCUCUGAAUUCGGGGUGUUGUCGAUGGUCGUCACAGUGCGCGUGGCCGCCAACGCGCCCCGCCCCCUGGCUUUGAUAAGCAAAGGAUCUCCACAAAAUUCAACAGUUUUUUAUGGGUUGGAGGUGGAGGCUGAUGCCGUGGUGUUUCAUGCCACGACCAGUGAGCAUGGACCGGUGUCCGUGUUCUUUGCCUUGGCCUUGCCUGCUGAAACUUGGUACACUCUCACUCUCACGGUGGACCUUGACCGGACCGUGGCGUUGCUAGCACGAGAUUCGCAUGGCAUCGAGCUCAACGUGCCCGUUCAGCGAUGGGUUGUCAACGGCACCACCCAAAGUCCAUCUCAAGGCUUGGCAUCCCCAGCAAAAACUGCUGUGCCGCUGCCAAGCUCGCUGGUGGAUAGCAAUGGCCUAGUGUACGUGGGAGCUCGAGUGGCUGCAGGUGGCCCCCAAGCUCUUUUGCAAGGUGCGCUGGCUGGAUUGGAAUUGAGCACGAGCAGUCUAGCGCUGGGCGAGCUCGGAUGCCUGGCUUCAUGCCAGCGUGCGUCUUUGGCACCUUCAGUGUCUGUGGCCGCUUCCCUGCCGUUUGCAUUGGCACCUGGAGACCCAGCACCUCAAGCACAACCUGGGUUUGCGCAGGUUGCCGUUGCAGCACGGUGCAGCAAUUCAACUGUUUGGGCUCAGCACGCUGCUUUGGUGUGUGGAGCAGAGGCGGCCAUGUUGCACGGCGGCACAUCAAGGCUUAGCUCCCGCCAGCUGACCCGGGUAGCAGACUUCACACCGGUCUUGCUUCCAGGACCAGACACGUUAAUCUUGGCCGGCUGGUUUUGGCUUGAUCCGCACGCCGCGAACGCGACGGUGUCUCUUUGGACCGUUGCGCCAAGCAAUACCACUGCCUGGCGCUUGGCAUUUGCUCCGGCGCAUCCUGCCGGAAGUGCCCACGCGCCUACUUCCUACCGGCUCGUGCUGGAAUACAAAGGGGGGGUGGAGCAUAGCCAGGCGUCGUCCUUUGCUUUGAUGAACCAGAGCUUGGCGCGUGGGCAGUGGCAUUUUGUGGUGGUGGGCCUGCAGGCCCAGAAUUACACCUCGGCCGAUGUGACGCAGGUGUGGAUCAACGGGCAGGCGCACUCUUACCCUUCCGCGGGCUUGGGCGCGCCCUGGGCCAUGCAAACGACGGUGACGGUGGGGAUGACGGAUCCCUGGCGCGCCGGUGAUGAGGUUGGCAUCGGUACUCAGCUCAUGUCAGCCCGCAUAUCCGACAACUCAUCGGUUGCUGCAGUGGCUGCGUGCCUAAGCUCUUGUGGGCACGGUGUAAUUUUGGAUGCAGCUGGGGCCACGGGGACGAUUGCGCUCGAUUGGCAGCCCGCCGCGGCCGCUGAAAUGACUGUCACGUUUGCAACCAACACGACGCCGGCAGAUGCCACUCUGGCUCUGCAGACCCUGACCUGGGCCCGCACGGGCCGCUUUCCCGGCGUCUGGGCACGGAAUGCGUCAGGUGUCAUGUUGCCAUGUCCAAACCUGACGCUUCACUUGCGUGCGUGUGAUGGGCUCCAUAUCAGUCCCUGGGUGACCGACGCUUAUACACUGGAUGCUGCCGCCAGUUCUGACGUUGACUUUCCUGACUUGUCUUUAUGGCUGACCUCGGAAUUGGCCCAGGCCUCAACAAGCUACUGGGAACGAGACGGCGCAAGGCAAGUGUUGGCGCAGCAUACCGUCCACGUCGUUGCUGAACCGGGAGCUUCGAAUCAACUUGGUGUUAUUGUGCGAGUUUGGUGCGUGGACUGUGGUGUUGCGGAAACCUUGGGUUUGGCACCAAGUGUGCUGGACAUGGACGUUGUUCGAGUCAGCAAUCUCACAAAUCACAGUAUCGAGCUUUUGGUGCCGCUCGAGCAUGCGGCAACGGCUCUGAGAGCGGUCACUUACGCACAUUCAGAGAGUGAGCUGUCCACCGGUCGUCGGCAACUUGACAUCUCAAUUGCCUAUGCCACCGCAACGCCGAAUGUUGAGAGCGAGGCUAGCGCCGCGCUGACCGUUGUUUGGCGACAUCACAAUGACUUUGCGCCUGCCUUUGUCAGCACCUCAACGAUUCAUGUCCCUGAGAACUCUCCAUUUGGUACAAACUUGUUGACGCUCGAGGCCAGCGAUGGAGAUGGCGCCGACUCGAUGUUUGCCUUUCGCUUGCUUCCAGAGGCAGACUUUAGUGUGGUUGAGCUGCUCGGCCCUACGCUGCGAUUGGCCACGGAGCGCCUGGACGCGGAGACACGGGCAUCCUACAGCUUUGUUCUGGAGGUAUCGGACGGUAGCCUGGAUGAGCCUUCCCGCCAGACCAAAACAACGCUCACCCUGCACGUGACGGAUGUGAACGACAAUGCACCGCGGCUGGUGGGUCCGCUCAAGUUUGCAAUCCCGGAGAACAGCGCUCCGUCGACAUUGGUGGGCGUGCUGCAGGCAACCGACGCCGAUGUGACUUUGAGCAAUCGACUGGGUGCCGCACCUUUUGCGCUGGCAAGCGGAGUCAACUCGAGCUUGCCAUUCUCACUCGAUGUUGCCACGGGCGAAUUGCGUGUGAACGGCACGCUCGACUAUGAGGCAAGCCAGGAAUGGGCAUUCACCGUGCGUGUGACUGAUGCCGGACAACCGUCAUUGACGACAUCGGCUGUGGUGCACAUUCUCGUGCUGGAUCAAAAUGACCAUGCACCAACGCUCGUCGGGCCUGCCGUGUCCUUCGUACGGGCACCGGAGACCUUGCCACUCAACUCGACACUCUUACAACUUGCAGCCUCUGAUCUGGAUUCUGUUAGCGUUUCGCCCUUGACCUUCAGCAGCAACAGCAGUGUCCUUGCCGUUGACGCUGAGACUGGCCGUGCUUAUUUGGCCACCGCGCUGGACUACGAGGUCCAGACACAUCAUUUUGUGCGUCUUUCCGUGUCGGACGGCAUGGCAAGCGACGCGUGGGAUAUCGUCCUCCUUGUGCUCAACGCCAAUGACAACGCCCCUCUGUGGUCGGUCGAUCACGUGACGGGCCAUCUGCUAGAAACGGACGGCCGUCAGGCAGUGCGCUUUUCCGCUGGCGUCGUGCCUCGUGCCUCAGACAUUGACCUUAGCGUCGCCAACCUGAGCGUCGUGGUACAUCUUGAAGCCGCCAUUGCUCGUAACGGAUCGCAGCUGCCCCCUGCAGCAUUGCCCGCCGACUUAUUUGCAGGCCUUCUUGCAUCAGAUGGUUCUCUCGUGCUAGCCAACAUGGCUCCCAUUGACUAUGAAGCGAUCACAAACUUUGUACUACGCAUUGCCAUCACGACACGCGUCGCUCCCUACCUCAGCGCCGAUCUGAUGGCCGACGUGCUCGUUGAAGACGCCAAUGAUCAUGCUCCGGUUCCCAAUGCCACGCUAUACCGGUUCUCGGUUCCCGAACGAGCCGGCUCGGUCGUACCGAUUGGCUACCUCGGUGCUACCGAUGCCGAUGCGGGCGAAAAUGCCCGCUUGAGCUAUGCCGUUGAGCAAGUGGCCGGGUGCCCCAGCCCUUGGCUACAACAGCAGUUUGCCAUGACGAGCGAUGGCGCCCUGAUCUCUCCCGUAUUUUUAGACUACGAAGCUUGUACGACCUACUCGUUACUGGUCCGAAUCAGUGAUCACGGUUCCCCCGCGUUGAGUACACUGGUGCGAGUUCUCGUGACGGUCACCAACAUCAAUGACAACGCCCCGGUUCUGACCAAUCCCAACCUUUCCUUCCGUCCCUUCUUCGAGGAGGCACACUGCCAGUUUGUUGCUGUGCUUCAGCCGACGGAUGGGGAUGGAGAUGGCGUAACACUGACAGCUGAGGCUGUUGACGUCAGCCGACCCGUUUUCAAUGUCACAGGCAACGUCAUUCGACAUUCGUGUGAAGCGCCUCUGGACCGAGAGGUCGACGGCGAUGAAGUGCUCCUUCGUAUUACAGUUACCGAUGACGGUGAGCCCGCGCGGCACACAUCAUACGACCUUGUUAUGCCCAUCUACGACAUUAACGACAACGCACCAACGCUGGUGGUUCCAGCCGAACUGUUUGUGGCAGAAAAUCUGCCGGCAGGCACAGUAGUGGGUCACUUCAACGUGAGCGACGCCGACUUGGACGCGGCCGGGGAGGUGACUCUGAGCUGGGCUCCGUCCGACGCUCUGGUCUUCAUUGCUGCUGAUGGCACCAUUCGCACGCAGCGUGCAUUUGACCGUGAAGGCGGUGAUGAUGUUUUUGACAUAACACUGAAUGCCACCGAUGGCGAUUUGCCUUUUCAUCGCACAACUCGCCACAUUCGAGUGAGUGUGACUGAUGUCAACGAUAACGCCCCUGAGCUGCGCCUUCCCGCGUCAACCUUGCGCGUGGCAGAGAACCUCAUCAAUGUCUCUCUUUGGACCCUUGUCGCAUCGGACCCGGAUUUGAACGAAAGCUUUACCUUUUCCCUCCACGCCAACGUGACGUCUGUUGGUGGUCCUCAUUUCAAGCUACAUCCCACAACGGGCGUCCUAGGCCUGAUUCAGCCGCUGGAUUACGAGCAAACUCACAGCGUUUUACUGGAGGUGACGGUUCGCGACAACGCGGGUCACGCGACACAGGACACAGUGCUAGUUUUGGUGGACAAUCUGAAUGACAACACGCCAUACUUUAGCGCAUCAGCGCUGCAACUGACCCUCUCAGAGACUCAAACGGGCGCGCAUAUCCUGAAUCUGAGUGAUCAAGUCUCGGUGGAGGACGCCGACGGUGUGUUAAGUGAUACGACGCGCCUUGAGCUCGUCGGAAAUUCGACGAUCUUUGCCCUCGAUCCCCGGCCCCCACUUCGUGUAACGGUCAACGCGACGCUCCUGGACUACGAAGUCGCGGCCCAGCACGUCUUGACGCUUCGCGUGUCUGAUUCUGCCUUAUCCACAACCGCCCCAGCCACGACCGUUCUCGUGCUUUUUGUUCGUGACGCUGAUGAUGUGCCGCCAAGGGUGUGGGCGUCGGAACUGGGGCCCGCGCUCGUUCUGACAGUGCAGGAGGAUGCUGUUCAGGCAGGUUUGCAGCCGCUUGCUGAGGUCGUCGUGAGCGGGGGCGAUGCAGGUGGCGCGGGCCGUGUCGCGCACUUUGUCGAGGUAGUGUUGGAGGGCAUUCAGGAUGAGACCGAGGUUCUGAUCUCAUCCUACAAUGCCUUCCACUGGACGCCUUCGACCUCUCACUGGGUGGGUCGCGCCAAUGUCACCACUGUGGCUGAGGCGCAGGACCUGGUGCGUGACCUGAUGUAUGUGAACACUGCCGUGGAGCCCACAGCCGGCACGAGAAUGUUUGUGGUGCGCGUGGGCGAUGCAGCGGGUGUGGCCUCGGCCAACGUAACGCUGAUGGUGCAGGGUGUCAACGACCGUCCUGUUGCCACGCGCACGGCGUGGGUGAUGUCUAAAAUCGAUGAGGACACGCCCCUCAACAAUUUGAGUUGGCACAAUGUAGGCAUGUUCGCGGCGGUGUUGGGCACCGAUGUUGACGCGAACGGUCCGCUGGGGCUUGCCAUUUUAUCAGCCACAGGCCCAGGCCAUUGGCAGAAAGCCGCCAACUCAGAUGGGGAUGGGGAUGGUGACCUCAUGCCCGUGCCCUCGGCAGGUGCUGCCCUGUUGCUGGGAAAUGAGACGGCUUUUCGCUUUGUACCAAACGACCAAGAGCACGGAACAGCAACGCUUUCUCUCCGUUUGUGGGACGGCAGCCGUGGGGUGCGUGGUGUCGCCGACUUUGAUGUGGCCAGUGAUCUUGCCUUGGCUGAUGGAAGCUUGAGUGGGGAGGUUGUGACUGUGUCGCUGCAGAUUGCACCGGUCCCGGACGCAGCCGUGUGGCGCUGGGCUGAUGAUAACACAACAGCAAGCGGCCCUAGCGCCGCACCUCCGCGCCAGGUGCUGUACACUGAAAACGGACCCGUGACGCGACUGCUGGCCGAUGUUGAACUUUAUGAUUACGAUCACAGUGCGAGCUUGGCCUUGUCUUCAGCACCGCAAGUCAACGUGAGCCUGCGUCCGAUGUACGCGGGCGACCGUUUGUUCGUGGAUGCCAGCGUAUGUGCGGUUGAGACGGUGGCGCGCGUCAAUGCUCUGCGCCAUGAUGCCCAUGUGUCGGCAGAAUUGGGUGAUGUGCCGAUGGCGUGUCUCCGCUCGCUGACCUUUCGUUCUGAAGCGGAAGAACCAACGGCGGGGCUGCGUCGCCUCACGCUGCGUACGGUUAAUGGUGGGGAUGGCCUGGACGCCGAGCUGGUCGUGGAACUCAGUGUCGUAGUGGUCAAUGACCAUGCCCCAGUCGUCAACGCCUUCCAGCAAGUUUUUACCUUUAUCGAAGCGGAUGAGAGUGGGGCCGGGAGUGGUGACGAGGAGUUUGAGGGAGGUAGCGGAGCAGACGAUGGACUUGCCGCCGGGGUGGCUCCAGAGCUACGCAUCCUGGCUGCGCUCGAGGUGCACGACGAUGACGUGCCCCAGAGCGAUCGAUACGAGGCUGUGCUGCAACUCCACCAACCUCCGGAUGGUUGGUGGGAGGGGCUGCGAAGUGGCACGAGCUACAAUCACACGGUCCGGCUAGAGGCUGUUUCGCUGAGUGAAUUAGAAAGGCAGUUGCGCCAAGUGACGUACUUUAAUGGAGAAACCGAGCCAACCCCGGGUCUACGGCGAGUGACCGUUCAGGUCACCGACGAGGCUUUGACGGGCAGUUUGACACUGCUGGUGCGCGUUAAUGCCACUAACGACAAUGCACCCGUUUUCCAAGGCUCCAGCUUGCUUGCCACGAUGGCGGAGCGGCGCCCCGCGGGUACGCUGGUGACGACCUUGGCGGCCAUGGAUGGUGACGAUGACCUUCUGACCUUUGCACUGCACGAACCGUCAAACGUCCCCUUUCAGGUGUCACCGGAUGGCCGUUUGUUGACCACCUCAGUGCUCAAUCGCGAGGCAAGGGCGACCUACACUUUGAACGUUUCGGCAUGGGACGGCCGCCACGUUGUGUUUGCCACCAUGCACAUUGAGGUAGCGGACGUCAACGACAAUGCACCCCGAUUUGGCACGGAAUUGUUUGAGCUGGUGGUUGCCGAGAAUGCUCCCGCGGGCACGGUGCUGGUCGACACGGGCACGGGGGAUGCCGUCGCCCCCCAAGUCGUGGACCUCGAUGUCGGCGCAAACGCGGCCAUCACAUUCUCGCUGUUGCAGUUGACGCCGGGCACCACGCUGUUUCGUGUCAACAGCACAACGGGCGUCAUUUCCACGACGGCCGCACUGGAUUAUGAAACACGCUCUUCUCACGUCUUGGUUCUCAUGGCCACGGAUGGCGGCGUUCCAGCACUAAGCAGCGAUGUGCAGGUGAUAGUGCAGGUGCAGGACAGGAAUGAUCAUGCGCCCGUCCUGGCGUCGACCACGGCAUUCUCUGUGGCGGAGAACUCAGUCUCAGUCGUAGGCACCUUGCAGGCCACCGACGCAGACGGUGAUGGGCUCUCAUUUGAGCUGGUGAGCGUGCGGCCCAGCACUGCAGCCUUUCAACUGCUUCCCAAUGGAACAUUGUUUCUGACCGAGGGACUAGAUCGUGAGGCCGUAGCAGCAUACACGCUUUCCUGCCGGGUCAGGGACAACGGGGCACCCGUCUUGAGUACGUCCUUCAGCGCAUUCGUGACGGUAUUGGACGUUAACGACGAUGCUCCGACACUGACAGGCCCCGGGAACCUGUUGUUGGCUGAAGACACGGCACAAGGCUCAGCAGUCGGCACGCUGCAAAUCUGCGAUGCGGAUAUUGGCGCCAACGGACGAGUCCGCGCGGUCCACGUUAGCUCACUAACAGCAAGCGGGACGCCCGUCCUCAGCGUGGUUCUGCCCUCGAGUACCGUCCCGCGCCCAACCAGUGGGUGUUGGUCGGCGGCGCUUGUGUUGGCAAGGGAGCUGGAUUAUGAAGUGCAACAGGUGCACCGGCUUCUUUUGGUGGCGGAAGAUGAUGGCAUUAUCAGUCGCGCCAGUGGGCCCUUGGACAUGACCAUCACCGUCCAGGACGUGAAUGACAGCCCACCAACGCUAGAGGCCAAUGCCAGCCACUGUUUUGUGCCAGAAAAUGCGCCCGCAGGCGUCCUGCCCUUGGCCCUCGCGGUGACCGACCCUGAUACGGGCUUUGUGGCGGCAAAUUAUGUCAUUGCGCUGGACGCCACAGCCAGCACCGUGGUGCCAGCGAUCAUGGCCGAGGGCAGCCCCGUAUCACUGAGUGCGAUGGCACAGGCGGCGGUGGUGGCACGCUUUGGGGUGAGUAACUGGACUCUUACGACCGCGGGCGGACUGGACCGGGAGCAAGUAGCCCAAGUGAGACUGAUUUUGCGCGUGCGCGAUGUGCGCAACGGCGCCGAAUCAGCAGCAAUCACCGUUCUGGUCAACGUGACGGAUGUGGACGAAUUUGCGGCGCACUUGGUCAUGACAGAGUUUGACGUGCCAGAAAACGCCGGUGUUGGCACUGUAAUCGCUCGCCUGACCGUGUGGGACGCCGAUGCAAGUUGGGCCUUGGCAAGUCGCCCGGCGCCCACGUUCUCGGUGGUCAACGCCACGCAUGGUGAUGUGAGCGUGGAGAAUACGACGGGCAACCUUGUCGUGAUGCAGCCGCUCGACACGGAGUCGCGGUCAUGGGUUCGGCUUUGGGUGCAAGUGAACGUGGUCGCUACGGAUGGCCCGACCGAGCACCAGCAGAGCUGGGUGCAACGCAUAUCGGUGGGCAUUACGGACGUGAAUGAGCGGGCGCAAAUUGUGAGCCCGGUCACGAGCGUGGAGGUGCCCGCCAGUCUCCCAAUCGGAGAACGGGCUUUUACCAUCGUGGCCGAGGAUGAGGACUUGUUGUGGCGGCACAAUGUAUUUGUUCUCUCGACCGUUGGUCCCUUCAAUGUAUCGGCACUGACGGGGGAGGUCUGGCUGAUGGAGUCGUUGGAGGCGGCCGGGGUGUCUAGUUUUGCUGCCGUGGUGGGUGUCCGAGAUGUCGACAACGCCGAGCUGACAGAUUUGCGCAGCAUUACGAUCCGCGUCGUGGCCGGCAACUACUUGGCACCGAAGCUCGCCCCGGGCUUGGCUGGGCUCGUCGUGCGCGAGGAUUCGCCGCUGGGUGCCUUUGUAGGCACCUUAGAGGCGACAGAUGAAGACUCGGACGCAGCAGCCGUCACCUUUGAGUUGAUUGGGAAUGCCAGUGCGCUCCCGGACUUUGAGACGGCCUCGUCCUUGAACGUUACUGUGCGCUUGACGGAUGCAGGUCGGCCACCCCGUUCGGCGGAAGUAACCAUCCCCAUUCGGGUCGAGGAUGUCAACGAAUUUGCCCCGACCUUUGUGAAUGGACCAAACUUCUACGUGCAGCUGUACGAAGGCCAGGGCGCUGCCACGCUUGUGACGGUGCUGACGGCGACCGAUGCCGACGGCACGGCUGGUGCCCUCACCUUUACGCUGGAGCUGCCGCAAGCCGAUCUGCCCUUUGAGAUCUAUGCUCGUGAAAACCAACUCGAUGUCUAUGUUUCGCGUCGCGUGCGGCUGACGGAUGCAGCGACCCUGACUCUUUACGUGUCUGAUGGCCUGUACAACUCCUCAGCCCAGCUCCAGAUUGACGUUAUCUGA